CAUAUACCUGGUGACAGUCACAUCUCAGGCGGUGGGUGGCAGCACAGAGACUCUCUGUGCGCAUAUCCAUGAGCCCAAAGAGACACUUUCUAUAGUGGUGACUUUGAGCACUAACAAUCUCGAUCUGACCAUUCUACAACAGGGCUUCAUUAAAAAUGAUUUCUACAAAUGUGUUCCUUUUAAGGUCCCUGUAGUCACUGUAGAGUCUGUGGCAUCCGUCAAUGUUGCAAUCCAAGGGGCCGAAACAUCCCUGAAGAAAACCACUCAGAUCCUCAUAAAACCCCCCCAAAAUCUUCUUUUCAUCCAAUCAGACAAGCCUAUCUAUAAGCCUGGACAAACAAUUAAAUUUCGCAUUGUGUCUCUGGAUUCUGGUCUCUUGCCUCACAAUCAAGUGUUUCGAACUGUAGAACUCCAGGACCCUUAUUCAAAUCGCAUUGGUCAGUGGUUGAAUCAGGCCACAAGGAUUGGCAUUUUGGAUCUGUCCCACUCCAUGUCUCCAGAAGCUGCUCAGGGUUUCUACACGAUCACUGCUUGGGAUGAUAAGAACCAACAAAUAUCCAAACACUCCUUUGAAAUCAAAGAAUAUGUUCUGCCAAAAUAUGAAGUGAACAUCGAUUUUCCAUCCGUUAUAACGUCCAAGGACAAAAAGGUCACUCUGAAAGUUUGUGCAAAAUACACUUAUGGCAAGCCUGUGCAGGGGUCUGUGAAUGCUGAAGUGUGUGGCCACAGCUAUGAUAUCUAUGCGAGGAGACCUGGUUCUGAUCCUGACUUGUUAAAAAUAUGCAAGAAAUAUUCAAUGAUGACUGACAAGACUGGCUGUGGGUCUCGAGUGAUAGAUGUGACAGAAUUUGGCAUUAGUUCCAGUGGGUAUUUUACAGUGAAUUGUGUUGUGGAAGAGACUGGAACAGGGAUAACUACGCAGGUUUCUACCUCAGCUACGUUUACCGGGGGUUAUAUCUAUGUUAACUUUGAGGACACACCAGAUUCAUACAGGCCUGGCAUGCUCUUUAAGGGAAAGUGUGUGGUCACUGAUUCAUUUUCCAAACCAAUGAAAAAUGAGCCAGUGGUUGUAUAUGCAAAUUAUGGUAAUAAAAGUGACAAUGUGGCCCUGACGACAGACAUCAAUGGUACUGCCCACUUCUCCUUCAACACUCUGGAUUGGUCAGAACAACCUGUGCAAUUACAGGUCCGUUAUAAAGGAGAACAGACUGAUUCUCAGAAUUACCCAUCAAGCUAUAUCUACGUAAGACCCUUUCACUCCAAAAGUAAAAGCUUCCUGAUGUUGACGAAGGCUCCAGGGAAGCUCAGCUGUAACAGUGAUGCAACAGUGACGGCCAGUUACAUCAUUCAGGGCAAUGCACUGAAAACAGGCCAGAAAACCUUGGAUUUCUUCUACAUUGUCUUGUCCAGAGGCAGCAUGGCUCAAAAUGGUCGUCUGUCUGUGAGAGUGAACGCUGAGAAAGAAAACAAAGGAGAGCUGACAUUCACACUGAAGAAGAUGGCAUCUCUGACUCCAUACGCUCAGGUGGUGGUUUACACAGUUCUUCCCAACGGAGAAGCUGUAGCAGACAGUAUGAAUUUCCCCAUUGAAGAAUGUUUACCAAACAAGAUGUCCUUAAAGUUCUCGUCUCCCACUGCACUGCCUGGAGAGAGGACAUCUCUUAACCUGAAAGCCAGCCCUGGCUCCUUGUGCUCCGUGCGGGCCAUUGAUCAGAGUGUGCUGCUGUUGAGACCAGAGGCCGAGCUGGAUGCAGCCUCUGUAUGUUAA